GCUCACUCUCCUUUGUGCUAUGUGUUCCUCCCUCAACACAGUUGGCGAUGCUAUUUCCGACGAAUCAUCAUCUGUCGAUGCGGAUGAAUUGAUGCUUGGCUCGAAAGAAUGGACUCUAAGGGAGAAGGCCGUUUCUCUUUCGGCUGAACGCGAUGGAUACUAUGACGGUCGUCAGGGCAGGCUUCAAUCUCGGUUUGAGACUGGUCUUAAGGACGGCUUUCAACUUGUUAGUCAGUUGGCCCUCGACAGAGGGCGUUUAUCAAUUCGCGCCGCACGUAAUUUUGAUUCAAAAGAUGUUCUGCUGCAUUUGAUCGAUCAUCAUAAACUUCUAGAGGAUGAACUCGUCCAGUCACUUUUGCAGCUAGGUGACAGUUCUGAUCCUGACGCAUUGGCUAAGCUAGUGUCUAAAGCUAAUGAUGCCAUCCAUAACUGUCUCCCUACAGAUGUUACUUCAAAGAUAGCUCAAAGUUGACCAUCUCGCAAUCUUUCCCGGUCCCUGCGUUUUCCGCCCCUCAGCUGUUUCUCCUGUGACUUAUCUCUGGGUCUCUUCGUCCGUCGUCAGCGGGACACGAGAAUACAAAAGGCUCAUUCUUCUGGCGGGAUCUCGUUUUCACGCAGUUCCGAAAUAACAAAAGUUUCGAAUUUGCUACACAAGACCAAUGUCCCUCCACCUAUUGUCGUCCUGAGGCAUUGAAUCCGACAGCUAUGCUGUGCAAAUGAACCCACAUUCGAUAGCUCUCAUUUCUCUCUAGAUGGGGAGCUAUAGAGGUUUUUACUUGGUGGCGCCUACUGCUCUUGUUACUUGUAAACUUUUAAUAAACUAAAUACUCUUGAGUAUCUUUUCUGUUCAUACUGGGAAAUCUAGAGUGCAUUGUGCAAUUUAUUUGAUGUCUUAUGCAU